AUGGGAUGGGUUUCGGCAUUAUGGGUAUCAGCGAACCGGCCAGUUCUAUCAGGGGCAUCGGCAGGAAGAUUUCGAAAAUGGUUCUGGAAAGCUCGGCAUCGACGCCUACUCAAACAACGGGGAAUUGUCGGUCGAGGUGUGCUGAUUGACUGGUAUUCUUGGGCGCAACGCAACAAUGUCCAGCGGUCCCCUUUCCAGACGGGGGCUGUGGAAUUAUCCCAGAUCAAAGCCAUCAUCGCCCAGAACAAGAUCGAGUUCCGACAAGGCGACAUAUUGUUUCUACGCGUGGGCUUCACGGACAAUUAUAAUAAACUGAGCACGCUCGAGCAGGAGCAAUUUCCUGACCGCCAGCCUGGCGGGUUGCUCGGAUUAGAGGCUACCAAGGACUCAUUGAAGUGGCUCUGGGAGAGCGGAUUCGCCGCCAUUGCAUCUGACGCUGCAGGGUUCGAGCGCGGCCCGGCAACCGGCCCGUACAAUGACCCUGAUGUGAGCAUCCAUCAAUGGGCAUUGGCAGGUUGGGGUCUGCCGAUUGGUGAGCUUUUCGACCUCGAAGAGCUUGCGGUCAAGUGCGCCGAAAGAGGGAGGUGGUCAUUCUUCUUAUGCAGCGUGCCGCUCAAGAUUCCGGGAGGUGUGGCAAGUCCUGGUAAUGCAGUCGCGAUUAUGUGA